ACAAGAGAAAACGUCAAUCGCAUUGUCAAACAUGGCAACAUAAACGUCGUCCACCAUUGGAUUUAAAGCGGGAAAGGGACGUUUAGCGAAGUUGUGACCUAAACAAAGUUUACUACAGCUGUCUAAACAUUAGUAAAACGGCUUGCCAAUGGAUAGUCUGCGUUAACAACCGUGCUAACACAUCUCUUGUUUCGUUUAGUAACGUUAGGUGAGGGAAUAAUGUAACGUAAGUUGAGAAAAGCAGCUAACCCACAAACUGUCCUGUGAGCGAAACGAGACACUGCGUUAACGUUAACUAACGAGACAGACAAGUUACGGACUUCCUCCGGCAUGUUGACUCAAGACAGGACGGCAAGAAAAACGUUAUUUUGUCAAUGAAAGAUAAUAUCAUGAAGCCAAAGCGCAUCCAGAGGCAUACAGGAUCCAACUGGCAAGGGAAAAGUGUCAGUGGUGGUGACAAGGCAGCACUGAGCCAAGCUAAGCCGAUAUCGCGUGUGUCCUCUCCUGCUAAAAUCAAACCUUUUGCCGGGAAAGUGUUUUACCUUGAUCUGCCAUCAAACAAGAGAGCGGAUACAUUGGAGAGUGACAUCAAAGAACUGGGAGGGACUGUUGAGAAGUUCUUCAGUAAGGAAAUUAAGUAUCUGAUAUCCAACAAGAGGGAGGCUAGAUAUGUGCAGUGCUUCCGGCAGGACUCUCCUGUCCCCAGCCCGGACUCUGGACAGAGUUCACCUCACCCAUGCUCAAAGCCGCACCGGCCUGGCAGCCAUGGGGACAACGUCAAAAGCAGGUCUCCGGGCCAAACGGAUGCAUUUGUGACAAGUCGAGGGAAGUCUUUGGUGGAGAGAGUGGUGAAAGAGCAGGAGAGGGUACAAAUGAACAAGAUCCUGUCAAAUGCUCUGGAGUGGGGUGUGAAAAUCUUCUACAUAGAUGAUAUAAUAUCAUAUGUUCAGAAGAAAAAAAAGAUAAUCAGCAGCCAGUGUCCCGCUGCCAAAACAAGUGUCAAAGCUGAGUCGGCAUCCAAGCAAGGCAUUCAGAAAUGCAAAGGGGGGCGGCUCAGUAAACCAUUCAUCAAGGUUGAGGAUUCAAGUAGACACUACCGUCCAAUCUCCCUGACUAUGCCGAACAUGCCUGAAUUCAAUCUGAAGACUGUUCCUCCCUGCAGUCCCUUCUGUGUCGAGGAGAAGGAUCCUCCUGGGAAUAAACAGCGGGGGAACAGAGGUCCGAAAGCCUCAGCCAGUGAAGAGAGAGCACACGGCCGAAAGAAGAACCGAGACAAGAAACGAGGUGGAUACUGCGAGUGCUGUAUGAUCAAAUAUGAGAAUAUCAAAACGCACCUACAGAGUGAACGGCACAAGGCUUUCUCCAAGAGCAACAAAUAUUUGGUUGUGGACAAACUGGUUUCAACCCUGCACUGCAACUUCAUCCACAUCAGAACUCAAGUUAAAAGACCAAAGUGCAGUGUUUCCUCCAUUCUGACUGCACCUGGACCAUGUGGGAAUACUGAGCUACGGCACAAGGGAGAUCUCGAUAUCACAAAGAUUAUUAAAGAAGAGCAGCACCUGUCUGUUGAUGGGCAUGAGGAAUCUCAUUCAGGACACACUUUAAAAACCGGAUCACUUCCUGCUUCUGUUCCUCUGAUUCACAGAGAGGGUGGCAGGAGGAGCUAUUACACUCACUCAGACAGAUCCAAGCACAAAUCUCUUGCAGGUAAACGACCUUGCAGACAGAAUUCAUUGACUUCUCGUGCUGAAAAGGCUGGGCAGGCUCAAAUACCUCAGCCCAAGAAGGAAACGGCUCCCUCUACAGGUGAAUGUCUUGCCUCUGUUCCCUCUAGAGUUGCUCAGGUUGACCUGGUGGACCAAAUAAUAGCUCAAGACAAGAACAGCACAACCUCUCACCUCCAUAAUAUGAAUGUUUCUUCAAAAAGCCUUGAUGUUUUAACAAAUCAACAAGAGACGUCUGAUAAGCAGGAUUCCUCUGUUCAGGAUGGAAACAUAUUGCCCGACAAAAUUACCGUAAACAAUCUCUCAGAAAAGGAAGAAGAAAUCCUUCCUACAGUCAGCUUUUCUCCAGUCCGGAGAAUAGAGAGGAAGAUCCGAGUUUAUAAACGCAAAAGACGGAAAGUGGACGAACAUGUAAAACUAAGUGGCAUUCCUGACAACUCCACACUUAAACUUUGGGAGCUUUUUCAGUCAAGUGAUGACAUGGACGUGGAAUUUCUGGGGUUUGAGGACUAGGAAGGGAAUACAUGACUUGAAGGGAUAAACUGGACUAGUAUUGCCUUUUCCAAUACUAUAAUCAACACAUUCUGUGCCAUGGACAAUGCACACCACUAGAGUUUUCUUCAGAAACAUCAGUUUAAAGACUGCUGAAUGAUCUACAGUGGCUUGUUUUGUUUCAGGGGUGAAGAAAUGCUUAAUUCUUCCCUGUUAUUUUGUUUUAUUUCAGAUGAAAGGCAGCAGCAUUGUAUAAGAAAAAAGAGCUAAAGCUUUAUGUGGCUUUAAAAAUGAUGUUUUUGCACAUUUGCUUGUGCUGCAAAAAAAUAGUAGAAAAUAUGUUAAUUUAGAUUCUAAAGUCAACACAAAGAAGUGUCAAAGUGGAAUUGAAGAAAUUUAUUCAAAACCAUAAUUCUCGCCUGGUGUCUUGAGAUUGAGUUGCAGCCCUUUUUAGUACAAUCCACAUGUCUGAAGGUUUAAAUAUAUUGUAAAAUUUGUCUAGUCUAUAUCUAUAUCUCCCUUUGUGAUGGGUAUAAAUUUAAUAAGGGAAAUCAAUAAUAGCUAAUUGCUUUUACUGCUACUUUGCAUACCAGUUUUAUGAGACAUUUCUUCAAGACGCCAUGAACUGGAAUAAAGUGUCUCAGCAGAAGUCACAUCACAAAGUGUUAAAGGGACCUUAUUUAAGACAUAACUGUAAUUUGUGUGGAUCUUAAAACAGACAUUACAAAACAGAUGUAUUUAAAAAUAAUUUUACCAGUUUGAUACCUUUUAUUACCACUUGAAAAUCUAUGAAAUAUUACUGUGUGAAUGAACGUUUACAGAAGUGUUUUUAUUUACAGUCUCCAAAUGCAGACUUUUCCACUGAAUACUGACUGUUUACUUAAAGGGAAAAGGGCAGCUUUAGUCAAAAUUUUGGAGAAAGAUGACUGGAAACUUCCCAGACACUGGGAACUGAUUUUAUAUGUGUAUAAAAUACAUGUAGUUGUUGCAGUUUAAUGUGAAUGACCUGCAGGUUGGAAUUGUGGUACUUGACAUUAUACAUGACAUUUUUGGAUUCUUCCUAAGUGCACUUUUAAUGUCCUGCCUUCAUGUGCAUUUUCUCCUCUCUGAUGCAUUAGCUCAGCUUCUCCCUUUUCCCUGCGUUUAGUGCAUCAGCAUAGUGCCCUUGUUCCUCCUCGCUGCUCAAAUGGAUGCACUGGGUCAAAUAGGAGCCUCUGUGCCACAGGUAUUAAGAAAAACACGUGAGCAACAAUGUGUUCCAAGGUACAGCAGUACUACAAAUAUAAAAGGCAAAGGCAACACUGACAUUGUCAGUUUUGAUCCUCAUACACAUUAUAGCUUGCUGCCACUGUGUUUCUAUGAUCAUAGUGCACAAACUGUACCUACCUCAAACAUAUGAGUAGUGUUAUUAUUAAACCAGGUUUCAAAUGUACACACUUGCAAUACAUAUGUAGCCUUCAAUCCUUACAAGUUGUCAAACUGGUGAGAGAAACCAUGCAGGCACAGGGAGAACAUUGUGCCAGUGCUGGUUGUGACUCUGCUUUUAGUUAUUUAACUACGGAAGGUGUAUAAAAACCCAUGAUCAAAAUAGUCAUACAUUCUGUCAUUGUGUUAAUAUAUUUAAUGAAAAUAAAUGAUUCCCCUUUUUCCUCGGGAACCCCCUCAA